ACAACGUAUAAUUAAGAAUUAGAAGUGGUUUAGGAGAGGAGAGAGAAGAGAGAGAUGGAGGAAUAUAGACUUGGAGAGCUGAGACACUUGCUGACAACGGUUUUCCUGUCGGGAUUCUCCGAGUUCUUGGUGAAGCCAGUGAUGACUGACGUCACCGUCGCCGCGGUUUGCUCCGGCCUAAACGAAACAUGUUCUCUCGCCGUCUAUCUCACCGGAGUAGAACAAGUGACGGUAGGACUGGGGACAAUGGUAAUGAUGCCGGUGAUCGGGAAUCUAUCCGAUAGAUAUGGAAUCAAAACAUUACUCACUCUUCCGAUGUGCCUCUCUAUUCUUCCUCCAGCGAUAUUAGCGUAUAGAAGGGAUACGAAUUUCUUCUACGCGUUUUACAUAACCAAGAUUCUAUUCGAUAUGGUCUGCCAAGGCACCGUUGACUGUCUCGCUCAUGCUUAUGUGGCGAAAAAUGUUUGUGGCAGAAAAAGAAUAUCAAUGUUUGGAGUUUUAGCAGGUGUCAGAUCAAUUUCAGGAGUUUGUGCAACAUUCUCAGCUCGUUUGUUACCCAUAGCUUCAAUUUUUCAGGUUGCAGCUAUAUCAUUUUUCUUUGGCCUCGUGUACAUGAGAGUUUUCCUAAAAGAGAGGUUACAUGAUGAUGAUGAAGACGACUGUGAUGAAGAUGAUAAUACUAGUGGUAGAAAUCAUCAUGAUGGUGGUGAUCUAACGAUGUUAGCAGAGCCUAUUUUAAGAGAUGCACCAACUAAGAUACAUAUUGUCUUGAACACUAAGUAUUCGUCUUUGAAAGAUAUGGUCAGCUUGAUAAAGAAUAGCACCAUACUCGUCCAAACAUUGGUUGUUACUUUCUUUGCUACCUUCGCACAAAGUGGAAUGCAAUCUGCUUUCUUGUAUUUUCUAAAAGCUCGUUUUGGGUUCAACAAAAAUGACUUUGCUGAGCUCAUACUGUUGGUUACCAUCAUUGGCUCCAUCUCUCAGCUCUUUAUAUUGCCGAAAUUGGUUUCUGCCAUAGGAGAACGUAGGGUUUUAUCAACAGGGCUUCUUAUGGAUUCUGUAAACGCAGCUUGUCUCAGUGUUUCGUGGUCAGCAUGGGUUCCUUAUGCCACGACAGUGCUUGUACCCGUAACAAUGUUCGUAAUGCCAUCUGUUUGUGGUAUUGCUUCAAGACAAGUGGGACCCGGUGAACAGGGGAAGGUCCAAGGAUGCAUAUCCGGGGUAAAGUCUUUUUCUGGUGUAGUGGCUCCAUUUAUAUAUAGUCCAUUGACAGGUACGUGAACACAUUAAAGUAGAGUUUCAACACCACUCAUUACUAUUUUAACACCAUUUUAAAAUAAUAAUUAUAGACCAAUAUAAUGGAGAAAAAUAAACCUUCUAUAGCCUUUUAACAAAUAACUAAAUUUUGUUUGAUUUAGCGUUGUUUCUCUCCGAAAAAGCCCCGUUUUAUUUUCCUGGAUUCAGCCUUCUAUGUGUGACAUUCUCUUUGAUGAUCGGAUUUUUUCUGAGUCUUCUUAUAAGAGAUGUUCCUUCUCCGUCGAUGAACAAAGCAAUCAACAACAUUUCAAGAGAAGAAGCUUGAUUCAUGAAGGAAAUCUAUUUUAAAUCUUUUACUGAUUUUCUUCAAUGUAUCAUUUGCAACGAACCCUUAGCUAAAAUAAAAAAAUAUACUCCUUUCGUCU